UUGGGUUUGGUGUUUUUCUCCUUUUCUUCAUUGAAAGUUGUCUUCUUUUUUAAUCUUCUUUGAUUAAAAUGGGUAAUGUGACGUCAAAUGUGGCGGCCAAGUUCGCAUUCUUCCCGCCGGAGCCAGCAACAUACGGCGUAACGAAGGAUGACGAGACCGGGAAGCUGGUCUUCGCCGGAGUGUCGGCUGACAAGAACGUGGAAGUCCACCAACUCACCACAAAGUCCGGCAACAAAGUUGUUGCCACGUUUUGGAGACACCCUUUUGCGAGAUUCACGCUUCUCUAUUCCCAUGGCAAUGCCGCUGAUCUUGGCCAAAUGGUCGAGCUAUUCAUCGAACUCCGUGCUCAUCUCCGCGUCAACAUCAUGAGUUAUGAUUAUUCAGGAUAUGGAGCUUCAACAGGAAAGCCGUCUGAAUUCAACACGUAUUAUGACAUAGAGGCAGUGUACAGUUGCUUGCGGAGCGAUUAUGGGAUCAAGCAAGAGGAGAUAAUUCUGUACGGUCAGUCUGUAGGAAGCGGUCCAACGUUGCACAUGGCUUCUCGGUUGAAGAGGCUUAGAGGAGUUGUUCUUCACAGCGCCAUUCUCUCUGGAAUCAGAGUCUUGUAUCCUGUCAAAAUGACUCUCUGGUUCGAUAUAUUCAAAAACAUAGACAAGAUUCGCCAUGUCAACUCACAAGUCCUUGUCAUACAUGGCACAAAUGACGAGAUUGUUGAUUUGUCUCACGGGAAACGACUGUGGGAGCUGGCGAAGGAGAAGUAUGAUCCGUUAUGGGUGAAGGGAGGAGGGCAUUGCAACCUCGAGACUUACCCUGAGUACAUCAAGCACCUCAAAAAGUUCGUAAAUGCAAUGGAGAAACUCUCUCUAACCAAUCCACCACCCAAACAACUAACUAAUGAGCCCAGUAUCACCGAGACUAAGCACAAUCGGUGCUUGAAAUUCGGGAAACGGUAGUAGCAGAAUCACAAGACAAUUGGUUUGGUAGAUUUCUUCCUUGGCAUCGCAUGUGCAGAGUUAUUUCCUCAAUGUGAUCAAAACCAAUGCUAAACACAGGGUCACAGACAACGGCGUAACAGAGAUCAUCUAGUGAGGAGAAGCAACACAGAAAAGAUGUAAUCAGCAUUUCCUUCGAACUAUCUAGUGCUCCUUAGCGAGACAAUUAAGAGAAUCUUGAGCCCCUCUGCUACAACUUAAAUCGACAUCAGAGUCUAUGGAAGAUUCACGAUGAAUGAAGGACGAAUAUUCAUCAUCUUCUUUGGGUGGCUUAUAGUCUUUACCUCUCCAAAUCACGACCUGCUCCUUGUCAAAUGUCACCAGGAUGCAAGGGACCAAAUCCUUCACACAAACUUAGAUGUUAGUGUUUGUUCAAACAGAAACCUGAAGCAGUAAAGAGGUCUCCAAGGCUUGACCAACAGAUGAAGUUGGACAGCAAAGAAAGUGAAAGGGACAGGAAGAAACAUCUCACCCUAAGCUUUGCUCCAAUUUUCUUGUA